ACGAUGUCGCGGGCGUGAGUUAAGUUUACAUUCAAGGCACGGAGUGAAAACACGCACUGAAACACACUCCUGAGAACCAAACACACACACACACACAUUACAGGACAACAGCAUAAUGGCGUCCGCGAGUGUGGUGGGGCAGCACCCGGGUCCGCACAGACUGGACUCGGAACCUCAGCUGCUCUUCAUGAAGCUAACCGGCAGAAAGAAAAUCACCCUGCCGAGGAAGUCUUCCUGGGAGAAGAUGAUGUUCAGGAGAAGCUCUGGGAGCAGCGCAGAGUGCGGGUCGGUCUCUACUGGUGAACAAGCGGGGACUCAUGCGGUGGCUCCUGGACCAUUGGCAGGAACGGCGGUGAGAGGAGUGAAGAUGCCCGGUGAAGGAUGCGGAGCUCCGGCUGGUGUUGCUGCGCCACGUAGCCUGGACCGGGACGGAGAUGAGCGCAGCGCGGACUGCGGCAGGCAGACAGCUGGUGAGAGUCGAACCGGGGACAUCACCAGUGACUGUAACAGCAACGUCAGCUGUGACCCAAAUCUUAACACAGGUGGUCGCAAGGGGACUUCAAUCAAGAGGUCGUGCAUUGUCAUGCCAGGCGGAUCUAGUAGCCACCGGCACCGGGACCAACCUCACAGGGGACGAGACAGUGGACACCCGAGCAUCAGCGGCAGCCUCCCGCUGGACAGGCUCACACAAGGCAGGACAGGCGUGGUCAGGCUGGCCCGUACAGAGCCUCAUCGCAGGGAGGCCUGGACCAUCUUUCCCCGGGGUUUGGACCCAAGGGUGAGGACCGAGAAAGGAGAAGGACACCGGUUUGAGGCCAAGCCCGUUACGCAGGACUGGUGUGACUCCUGCAGCCGUCAGAUCGCCGCACAGGCACUGAAGUGUCAAAACUGCAGCUACACCUGUCACCUGGAGUGUGAGAGCCAGGUCCAGCUGGACUGCAACCAAAGGGACAGAAGGUCCAAAGAAACUCCAUCUCCCAGAAGCCACUACAAAUCCAAAGCCGCUCAACACAAGCAGAAUGAAGCAAAGGAAGAAGAAGAGAGAGGAACAAAGGACCUGUCAGAGGAAGAGGUGCAAACAAGGAUAGACGAGUACAACGCUCAAGAGUCUGAAAAUGGCAUGAAUCUGGCCUCAGACGGAUCCUUCACAGGCUUCAUAAAGGUUCACCUGAGGCUCAGUCGACCAGUCACAGUCCCUGCUGUGGAGACUGCAGGCCCAGACGGAGCGUCUAGGCAGACGGGUGGCAGUAAUCAGGCGCCGUCUGAGUGCCAGGAAGGAACAGACUGUGGACAGAGUGAAAAGAGGACAUCCUUCUACCUACCAUCCGACUGUGUGAAGCAGAUCCACAUCAGCUCUCUGACCACCACCAGAGAGGUGAUCCAGGGCCUGCUGAAGAAGUUCAUGGUGUUGGACAAUCCCCGAAAGUUUGCACUGUACAGGCAGACACAUCGGGACGGACAGGAUCUUUUCCAGAAGCUUCCUUUGUGUGAGCGUCCUCUUCUCCUGAGGUUGAUAUCAGGGCCUGAUCCAGAACAGCUCAGCUUUGUCCUGAAGGAAAAUGAGACCGGGGAGGUGCAGUGGCAUGCAUUCUCUGUCCCUGAGCUACAGAACUUCCUGGUAAUCCUGGAGAAAGAGGAGACGGAGCGAGUGCGGGCAGUGGAGCAAAAAUACACCGUGUACCGACGGAAACUACAACAGGCCCUGCAACAACAUGACCCCUGACCCCUUCACCUGUUACCUUACAACUGAAACCCAGGGAGACACUGACCCUUUGAACCCCCACCCCUUUGCCCAUCUAUUUAGAGGCUGGAGCUGGAGCUGAACUUGUCUCCACCUUCCACAUAUACACCUAAACAUACAGUACACCCACACACACAUGCAAACCCUUUCUCAGGACGCAUAUAAACCCCCCCCACCCCCCACCCCCACCCCCCAACCCUCGUCAUCUAUUCAUCAACUCCCUGAGGAGAGGCGAAAGCGACUUGAAAGGCUACAGGGUGUGUGGUCUGCUUGCUGAUUGGACGAGUGUUGUUUUCAUUGCCAAGGACACACACAGACACAGAAUGAUCACAGCGAGAUCUGAAACUUGAAAUCUCAUUAGGGGACUGAUAAGAACCACUGGUGUUUUUAAAGAUUCCCCUCUUCUUCUGCUACUGCUGCUGCUGCUACUGCAAGUGUUACUUAUGCAUGAGUCUCUCAGCUCAUCCCCUGCACAUAGUGAGAAUUACAACAGAAGGCAUGAUUCAUUUUUUCAGCAUCUCUUGGGGAUGGAAGGACAAUCAUACUGAGGGUUGAUGGGUUUUUUUUUUUUUAUCUUCCUUGAAUUGAUGUUAUCAUCAGAUGUAUCAUUUUUAUGCUGGAAUAGAAGACAUGGAUUUGUGAGGGAGGUGUGUAGGAUCAGGUUUGUCUUUUGAAGAGAGCAUCAUACCAGUAACCAGCUGGAAAGAUCUAUUCUCUGAUAUUUUUUUUUCUCAGGGAGCAUGUGUUUAAAGAGAAAACCUUAUCGCUGAAACAAAUCACCCCUUUUUAAAACAUUGUGUCCAAAAUUAGCCUUUUUUAUUUGAUGCUAUCGUUCCAUUUCCCUCCUGUAAUACAUUGGGUGGUGGAAAGGGGGGAAAGGGUGGUGCAAAGAUCCAGUCAUUUGCAAGAACAGAUCUCAAUCUGACUCAGUUAGCACUCCCCUCGGUAAACACAAACUUCUUCUCAGAUUUAACUGCAACGUCAUUUUCUCUCCCUAAAGUCUGACCCACUCAACCUUGCAUGAUGUCCACAAACUCAGCAAGGCAAUACACACACACACACACACACACAC